GCGGGACUUACUUCUGACCGGACAUGCUUCGGACUGCGCCGCUCCUUCAGGGAUGUCCAGCCGAGUGACUUGCGGAGCGGCUCUGCCCGACUGCUUCGCGCUGACCCUUCUCCGCCGCUUCUGUAGCCCAGGCAGCGCCUUACUCGCCCUUCUCCAUCACCAGGGAGACCUACCGCGGUCCCGUAAUACCCGCCGGAGGCGCCUUUCUCCUCCUGGGACUCAGGCUGCCUCCAUUCAGGCUGGGGGCUUCCCGCGCAUGUGGGCGCCCAGCUGAUGGCGAAACGCUAAGGCUUCACCCUCUGGCCCCAGAGAAAAGCCAAAAGCUCGCCGAAACUGAUGUAUGUAUGUAUGUAUGUAUGUAUGUAUGUAUGUAUGUAUGUAUGUAUGUAUGUAUGUAUGUAUGUCAUACGUGAUUCUUACCUCACAGAGUCGCCUUCCUAUUUACCAGGAGACGGGCGGAAGAAAGGGGCUCCCUGUGACGUUGUUAUUAUGCGCUGACUCGGGCAGAGUUGGGAAAGGUCCCCGCGAAGGAUGAACACGUGUCUUCGUGACGCCUUUCCAGGCACUUGGAUCGUUCCCCAAGCGAACAUGAGGAGACCAAAUAUUCUUCUCACGGGUAAGAGCAAAACGGGUUGUGUUUGUAUCUCAUGCAAGUGCUUUAGAAACAUAAGGUCCCGGGUCCAGUUUCUAGUGUCCUCGGGUGAAGGCAACCAGUAACAACAAGGCUGGGAAAGAUUCCCGUCUGAAAUCCUAUCCUGGAAAGAUGUGUGUUUGGGUCGACUCGGUGCGAGGCAGCUUCAUUGGUUUUACCUGAUUGUGUGCCUCGGCAAAUGUCACUUUCAUCCUCCUAUUUGAACUUCAAAAAGGAGGCCUGGGCUAACAUGCAAGCAAACUAUGUGAUCGAAUGGGCUAUAACAUUGUUUUGAACGCUUCUCCGUGUUUGUUUGUUUUAUAUAACAUGCAAAUACAAAACUUGCUCUUUGCCAUAUGCCAUACAAGCUGAUUGUAGACAAUUUUUAAUAUAGAGAAGCGUUCAAAGUGUGAUGCACACACCUGCAGGAUAUUUUUUUAAAUGGAAAGUCUUUGGCUAUCUUGCUUGAACUAGGCCUGUCUGGGCUUUUAAGAGCAGUUUUCAUGUGGAAUUGAUUACAGUACAGUGGUACCUCGGGUUACAUAUGCUUCAGGUUACAUACGCUUCAGGUUACAGACUCUGCUAACCCAGAAAUAGUGCUUCAGGUUAAGAACUUUGCUUCAGGAUGAGAACAGAAAUUGUGCUCUGGCGGCGUGGCAGCAGCAGGAGGCCCCAUUAGCUAAAGUGGUGCUUCAGGUUAAGAACAGUUUCAGAUUAAGAACGGACCUCUGGAACGAAUUAAGUACUUAACGAAUUAAGUACAGGUACCACUGUAUAUGUUAUUAGUUGCUACUAUUGAUUACUGUUUUGUUAUGACAUAUGCUGCUUUGUAGGUACGCCUGGUGUUGGGAAAACUACCCUAGGCAAAGAGAUCGCUGCAAGAACAGAUUUUACUUACAUUAAUGUGGGUGAUUUGGCCAAAGAAGGUGAGUUUUUAUUUUACAGAACUUAACAUUUGAAAGUUGAUGUAGAAUUUGUAUUUAAGUUAUAUACUGGUAAGUAGGUAUAGUUUAGAUAUAUUUGGUAGAGUUCAAUGUUGCACUAUUAUGAACAUUCUGUCUAUGCAAGCAUUUCAGCUCAUCAUAUGGAACAACCCCACCCCUCUCUCCUGACUCUCCCCGCCCCCCUUCCUGCCCAAACCAAUUCUGGGAGGCAUUCAGUGGGAGGAGAGGGAGAAAGCUCCAUUGCAUAAGCAGUAGUCCUUGCACAGAGUUUCUGCUGACAGGAUGCCUAGAUGAAUCCUAUCCAUAGCUAUAGUGCUAAAGGGAAUAAAUUCUGUUUAUAGACCUGCUUGUUAAAAAAAACUUUUAAACAUACGUCUAAAAUGCAUAGAGUAAGCCUCAUUGGACUUAUGGAACUUAUUUCUGAAUAAAAACCCAUAAUAUUGGGCUGCGCACAGGUUUUUGAUUGACAUGUCUUAAAAAAGCAAUUGACAGCAAACAAUUGGAAUCAUUUUUUGUAUUCUUACCAUUUCUUCCUCAUUAUACAGGGGAGCUAUACGAAGGAUUUGAUGAAGAAUAUGGAUGUCCAAUUUUAGAUGAAGACAGGGUACGUUUACAUUUAAAAACUAGCACAGUUGUGGGUUUUAUUUUGUUACUAAGAAUACAUUUAUAAGUUUAUUUUGUAUGAAUUCUCUUUUAGGUAGUUGAUGAACUGGAAGAGAAGAUGAGUGAUGGCGGUGUAAUAGUUGAUUAUCACAGCUGUGACUUCUUUCCUGAACGUUGGUUUAAUAUAGUAUUUGUGCUUCGAACUGAAAACUCAGUCUUGUAUAACAGAUUGGAAAGCAGGUAAAAUCAGUGCUACAAAAUAGAUGCAGUAUCAGAUUUGGUUUAGGAUGAAGCCUCUUGUUAGUACAUAGUCUUGUCUCUGUUUUUUAACCUAGAAUGUGCUCCCAAAUUAUCUCAAGUGUUUUUGUCUUAUCUUAUUUUAUUUUUUUAGAGGAUACAAAGGAAAAAAGCUUCAAGACAACCUUCAAUGUGAAAUUUUUCAGAUCAUUUAUGAAGAAGCCAUGUCAUCGUAUAAGGAAGACAUUGUUCAUCAGUUGCCCAGCAACAUUCCAGAGGACAUGGAGAACAACUUAGAUCAGAUUAUACAGUGGAUCGAACAGUGGAUGAAAGACAACAACUAGCAUUUUAAUAUAUAAUAUUAAUAGACCAAACAGUCUUAGAAAUAACUUAAUUCAAUAGCACUGGCUGACUCGUUCUUGUCAGUUACACUUGCUGUUUCAGUCAUUGAGGAAACAGUAACAGUUACUUUUCUGUGAAAAUAAAAUUGGAGAUAAAUGAAAUUCAGCAGAUUUAUGCUGCACUAGUUAUAGCUGGAUUCAUAUGACUGCAGAAACUGGACAUAAGUUACAGACUUGGAAACUUUAAAAAACAUGACAUUCUGUGUAAUUGGGCAUCUUAAGAUUCUUUUUGAAGAUUUGGUUGAAAAGGUUAAUAACAAACUGCACUGGCUUGUUUAGGUGUUAGCAUCUCAAUUGCUGUGCAACUUCCUUUUUUGGUAAUAUGUUGGAAUUGUUCUGUGGAAGUUUUUAUUUUUUAAUGGUGGGAUUUGGUUUGUGACAAUGUUCCAGGUUAUUGUGACAAUGUUCCAGGUUAUUAAGUUAUCGACAUGCAAUGUCAUUUAAUAUAUUUGUGUGUGUAUAUAUAUUUCAUUUACUAGCUCAUAGUAAAUGUUAUCAGUCUUUCAAGUCUGAAAGCUUUCCCGGUGAAGUUACUUCUAAUGCUAUGGGAAUAUUGACCUGUCUUUGCAAGUGUAAUACAUUGACUAUACACAGUGCAACCUGAAGUGCAACCACAGGUCAUGUUAUUGAUGUGAACACACAUGCCAGUUCCACAUAACAGGAAGCCCAAUUUGAUAGCAGCUUCCCAUAGCAUGUAUGUGUGUCAAAUACAGAUCUAUGUUUUGUCUGUUGACUACCACAACGCAUGUGCAAAAUACACAGUACCAAGUGAAAGGUAGGUAGAAAAUUGGUUAUGCAUGAAUAAAGUAUUAAGUCUGUUUGUAAGUAUGUUUAUUAGUGUCUCUUCUUUGUGUUAAAAUAUUUAGCUCCAGAGAUCUGAUCUUUGAAUAUACAGUAAUGAAAUUACAAAAAUUGCAAAGGACACACCUGAUUAGUAUCUUAAUAGGAAGCACAUCUUCCUGUUGUCAGUUGGGAAAGGCCCACUUUGAUUGCCCUGGUAGUUUUGUGGUAAUUCAGCAUAUAUAAAGCACUGAUACUUUCUUUUCUGGAACUAAAAAGGUUUAAAGAUAUUCUUGAAAAGGAGCCUCCUUCUUUAGGAAUAGGAGACUCCCACUGAAUUUAAGCAUACACUAACUUAAACGCAGCAUCAGUACUUAAGAUACUCCUAGCGGCACAUUCUAUGGUAUAAUGUAAAUUACAUAGUCAUUCAGUGUGUAUAGUACGACUGACACUUAUUGGGGAUUCACAUUGUCAUGGCAGUGAACAUGAUAGGACUUUCCUUUUCUCCUCUUCCUCUUCACGCUUCCAAAAUCUAUUCCAGAAGGUUCCCCAAUUGUCCAGAGUAGAUUUUGAGGGGCAUCAGUGUACAGGUCAGGGGAAAAGUCCCAUUGCACAAGUGGCUGUCACUGUUGGAUGUUGCCCUAUCCAUAGAGCAUUUGGUUUGUGCCUCUAUUAACGUCAUUGUAUGUGUGUGUUUUGUAUAUAUGAAAAUGAAAAUCCUCCAGUUUGCCAUUUUCCUAACUAAGCUACUUGAAGCGACUUGAAACUUUUAUUAUUUACUAAAUAACUAUUGGAAAUGACUUUGUACUUAAUAUAAUUUUGAUUUAUGGAUUUAUGGGGAAAUGGGUCUAUAGUUUUGUAAGUUUCUUAAUAAAAAGGAGUGCAUUUAAUGAUAAACAUUUAGCUUUGCAUUUAUAUACAGGUAUGUCUAUUAAAGUGCCUUCUAUGAUAUGCUGUAAGCAAUUUCUUUUAAUGAAUGUUUAAAUACGAUGUUUCUAUUCAACAUUUGUAGUAGCUCUUGCUGUGUUCAAUAAAUUUGCUUGUAUUGAUGACCAGUUAAGAAAACCAUUUAACUUGUAUUGCAGCUAAAUCUGUAUCUCACUCAUCCUUUCCUGUUUGUCAAAGCUUAAUAAUCCUAUAGUGCAACAGAGGAUUUUGACAUGUAGUAGCUACCUAUGUAUGUGGGAAGACCCUUCAUGAAGUGGUAGAGCUCAUACAUCGUUUAAGGCCAGAGGUUUAAUAAAAAGGUUCCACGGUGGCAGGUCA